AUGGAUUACGUGGACGCCUAUGAGCAGGAACAAAUUACGUUCGAGGCCAAGUCCAAGGCUCCGGCUGACCUCGAUGCUUUGGUGAAGUCAAAUGCGUUCAAAACAGGAACGACUAUUUGCGGUGUUAUUGCAAAGGAUUGCGUCGUACUGGCCGCCGAUAUGAGGGCCACCAUGGGCUCUACAGUCUCAGAUAAACACUGUUUCAAACUCCACCGAAUAUACUGCAACCUCUGGUGUGCGGGAGCCGGAGUUGCUGCCGACCUCGACCACAUUACCAUGAACCUUUCCGCAGAACUCCACGUCUUCGCCCGGCAGAUUGGCUCACUACCAAGAGUCGAAACAUGUGUCACAAGACUCUGCAACCAACUGUUCAAGUACCAAGGCUUCCUCAAAACCGCCCUUAUCGUCGGCGGUGUAAACCCCACAGGUGAAAUGUCGUUGUGGUAUGUCUCGCCGGAUGGAUAUUCGCACUCCUUGCCGUACAUGGCCAUGGGCAGUGGUGGUCUCUACGCGAACUCGAUGCUGGAGGCGGGGUAUAAAAAGGACAUGGAUAGAGAACAGGCGAAGGAACUCUGUGCAGAUGCAAUUCAGGCUGGCGUCAUGAACGACUUGGCGUCGGGCACAGGAGUGAAUCUGGUGGUUCUGAGUUUGAACGACCCCUGGAACCCCGUGCUGACACGCAAGUACCGAAUGCCGGUGCUCGGGGACAAGGUACCUUACACGAGACCGCCAUUUACCCUCGGCCAGACAAAGGUGCUGAAGGAAAUAGUCAGAGAGAUCAGGCCUUUCAAGCCUGACCAGAUCUGCGAGUUCCUCAGCUAA